GCUGAUUUCCUUGAAAUCAUAUCGUUGUGAAUAAAUGAACCCUGCCCUUGUGACGUUUUAUAAAAUAUGACACUCCCACUAUAUUUUGUAUAAAGUAUGCCUCUUUUAAUAACCGUUCGGCAAGACUCUUGACCUACACAUCGAUCCUAAGCGAAUAUCAGCGUGUCUCCCUAGGCUACUCAGAAAGGCAAGAACCAUCCAUCAUGACAACCAAUAACCUAAACAAAACUAUUGGUGGCGUAUCAAAGGCAUCCGACUGUAGGGAAGACGCAGUCAUGAUCUUUCAAGGGAACGCUAAUUGGGAAGAGUACUUGACUCCAGCCCCACUCUCGAUCGCCUUUCUGGGUGAACUUGUCUUCAUCUCUGCAAAACAAGACUUCUCUAUUAAAGAUGGUGGACCAGUUGAUGGAUUCAAGUUCAUUAAAUACCCUGACUCCUUCCGUGCUUGCCUCAUGCAGGUGUGCAAUUCAGGCUGGGCAGCCUUUAACGAAGCCCACAAGAGUAUGGACAAAAUAUGCCUCCAUACUAAAAAUGUUCCAGAGUACAUCAAGACCGCUGUGAAGAUACUUCUUCAGGAUGAUGAUAUGCUCGUUCAAAACUUCCUACCUGAUACAUUGGAGAGCAUAGAUGCAAUAUCCAAAGACUGUGUGCAGUUGGCUAAAUCUGUUGAAGAGAGGUUCCUGCAUGUUACUGAUGUCAUUUCAGAGCUCCUUGAAACAUGCACAAGUGCCAAGCAGCAAUACGGCAACCGUCUGGAAGAAGUCAGACGUAUAAUGGAGGAGGAAAAACUGAAGAAAGACGUGUUGGAAGAGGAAAAUAAGCGAGUGGAAAAGGAAAUGGCUAAACUGGACAAGCAGAUGGAAGAGGCUAAUGAUAACUUCCAAAAAGCUAUGACCAACAUUCCCUCAGGCUGGGAGUGCAUUGCAAUGGACUUUGUUGAUGGAAUGGCAAAAUCUGUCAACUCAUUACUCUCCUUGCGAGUGUUGAAGGCAAGUGAAGGAGGCCAACAAACUAUAGAUGCCUUGGGUAAUCCAACAAAGUCUGCAAGCAACAUUUUUACCAAGUCACCUCUACUGCUUAAAACCGCUGAGACCUUGAAUAGCUUUAUUAAGUAUGAUGAAAUCCAGUGGUCAAAGAUCACUGAUAUCAAGACAGGCCAAUCAAAUUGUAAAUGGUUGGUGAACCGAAUUGAAGAAGUGAUCAACAUGAUACAAGAUGAAGACCCAUCUCCAGAAAAAAAAGAAGUUGAAAACCUUUGUGAAGGGUUCAUCACCAUUUGCCAACAUUUAGAAAAACUAUCCACUGAGGGCAAAAAAGGAAAAAACAAAGAAAUCGUCAAGAACAUCCAACAGAUACUUCUGUCUACACAGAAAUUUGAUUCUGCAAGCAAAAAAAAUACAAAUGCUCCUGCAUUCCCAGUCAAUUCUCCCGGAAUGAUGAAAAUUCAAAGUGGUGGUUCAGCAAGUCAAAUGGCUACAAAAAAUGCUCACUUCUGCGUGGAGCAGAUGAAAAUCCAGCUCACCCAAUCAAGAGAGUCCUAUGAAAAAUCCUUGGAAAGAAAUGAGAAGACGAAGAGAAAACUAACGGAUUGCCUCAUUAAAAUGAGAAACUGUGAAGUAAAGGACAUUAAUUUUGAAACCACCAUUGAACUACUGGCUACUGGUCUUCAAUCAAUGGGGAGGCUUCAGGAGAAGUGGCGUAAAAUGGUGCAGUUCUUCCAAAUGGUGUCGAAUAUCAUGGACACCUGUCUCAAGACCUCUCUGAAUGACUUUGUUAAAACAGCCAGCAAGCCGCCUCCUCCAAACAUGAAAUAUUCAUCAAAAAUGUUUUUGAAAGAUAUGAUAUAUCAACAAGCAUUCAAAGCAUCUGACAUAGCAAACAUGGUGAACAUGAUCUCUGGAACAUACACUGAGAUCUCAACACUGUACCUGAUGGACCGAGUCAGUAGCUUGGGAAGACUCAUGACUCUGGAUCCAGAAGACCCCAGUUUCCAAAGAGAGCGCAAUAUCCUGGCAACGUCUUGUGAUAAUGCUGCCGCUGAAAUCCAAGAACGUGUCCUGGAAAAUAAAGAGAAGUAUAAGGCGAAGACCAAAGCCAGAAUUGAGAAAAUUGAAAGAGAGCUGAAUGCAGCAUUGCCUCCACCAUCUGAAGAGGAGAGGAGGGAGACCAGAGAGAUAGUGGCUGCUGGAUUUGAGGUAGCUCCAGAGGACGAGGAUCAGUUUUAUUAAAAACCCAGGACUCAUCAAGAGCCAUGAUAAAGAUGAAGAGGUCUGUCAAUGCAGGUGAAAUUUGCACGAUCCAAGAAGUCAGGACGAUAUAUAGUGUUGCCCUGUGAUUAGAAGUGCAGUUCUAUAUAGUACACAGUUACAGCUAAGUAUCAUUUAUUAUUCAUCAAGAAAAAAACAUGUUUAGAUAGAGUAUAACUAAUUCAUCAAGACAAGACUAAAUGUACAUUUAAUUUGUUUAUAAUUCAGUGUGAAUUCCAAUGUUUGUUGAAAUAAUCAGCAGUUAAUUACUGGUUGUGGCUGACUCAGGCUGUCUGAAUUUUCUUGAAAAAAUUUAAAAAACAUGAGGGCAUUUUGUGGUGAUUGCUCCCUUUUCCAUCAGUUUUGAACUACCAACAUCGUAUGCAUCACAAGCUUCAUGAAGUUGGGUGAAAAUAAAUAAGAUCAAUAAUUAUUAAUGUACAUUUUCUUGUGAUUUUUUUUGUGCAUGCUUAGUGGAACAUUACUCACUGUGGUAUUCUAAACACUUAAUGUAAAACUAUUACAGAUACUAGCUUGUUGCUUCCUUUUGUUGUCGUUAAUGUUGUUUAUUCUUUUUCUGCUGCUUUUAAUGUUUUUUGUACCUCUGUACGGUAUCCUUGAGUGCCAAGAAAGGCGCCCUGGAAAUAAAAUUAAAAAAUUAUUAUUGUUAACAACCUUCAUUUGAUUUGAUCAUGGGUCUAUGAAUCUGAGUAUAUCCUUGAAAUAUUAUGACAAAAUAAAUCAGUAUUAAAAAGUAUUAUCUGGG